AUGAAGAGCUUUGAAGAGGAGAUCACUGCCUCGCCGGCGAAUAACGGAGUCGUUGAUUUGGCGACGCAUCCCGGAGAUUCUCAGCAAGAUCUAGGGUAUUUAUUGGAGGCAUCCGAUGACGAGCUAGGGAUUCCUCCUCCGGUGAAUGAGUGGAGCACUGCGUUGGUGACGGUUGAGUUGCGGGACGAGUUUUGGGAAGUUCCGGGUUACGAUACUUUCGGGUUGGGGUUUGGGGAAGUUGAAAAUGAAAAUAGUAUCGGUGAUUACGUGGCGCUGGACGGUUUGUUUGACUAUUCGGAUAUGGGAUUCGGGUCGGGUGAUGUUUUUGGAGACCCGAAACGUUGCCCGCCCAGUAGUUUCGAUAAAUAUGCUACUGAAAAAAAAAGUGACGACAUACAUAUUCAGAUAUGA